UCUAAGCAACGCAGAAAUGCCUGUGCUAUGGCAGCGUGGCGGCUCCUGUUCCCAUUGCUGCUCUUGCUGUCGGAGAUGUGGUCGAAGACCGAGACUGAUAACGUCACCCUAAAAGCGGAAAACUCCACAGAUGAAACGGCCCCUACUGGGACGGCCCCCAGCGAAACGUCCUUCCCCGGGACCUCCCCAAGCGGGACCUCCCCAAGCAGAACUCCCGGCAUGCAGACAGAAGAAAGUGCUGGCUGCCCCUGUGACCUGCAUCCAGGCUUCUGCGACAUCAAUUGCUGUUGUGAUUCACACUGUGGUUCAGAAUGCAACCUUGGUGCCCCUGGGUGUCCCUUCUCUUUCUGCCUUCCAGGCAGUACCAGGGCUGUGGGUCGGGUGUGUUUGGAAAAGUCCCUGAUUUUCCGAAAUAACACUCCCUUCCAUACUGAAAUUCUUCCAGGUCCUGAGAGGUGUAUAUUACUCUUCUGUAUACAGUUAAAUGAUUCCACACUGAACUAUUUACAAGUGCCACAGAAGGUGACAGAAGUAAAUUUCCCAGUACUUUUAGCACAAUAUGGAAGGCCAUCAUUCAUCCCUUCAGAACAAGUUUGGCCUUCUCCAUCUGCCUUUUAUCAAGUAGGAGAUCCAAUUCAGAUUUAUUAUGCUGCCUCAUCUACACUAAGUGUGCUUAAGCAACCUGUGGGCAUUGGAACUAGUCAGAUUUGCACUGAUGAGAAUCCUGCUGGUUUCCUGGAAAGUAAAACUACCAGCUGUAUUAGGAUCUUUACUGACCUGAUGAGCAGUUGUACCUCUGACCCUGCAUUGGAUGCAGCUUCAUAUUAUCGUAACUUCAGCGUAUUGCAGGUCCCAGUCAAUUUUAGCGAUUUUCACCUCUUCGAGGUCCACAUUAUCCCACAUUCAGAGCCUGCAGCUCCUGGGCUGAAUGGUAAUACAUGCCACAAUGUUGUUUCUGAGGUGAAUUAUGAGAUGGAGUUUAAUGGGAUCCAUGGAAUCCAAAAGAUUUACGUUCAGUUCAAAUUGACCAAUAUAUCUGGGAAUCCAGGAGUCACAUUACAACAAAGUUUUUCUCUGCAUUUUGGGAGCAGAAGACCUUCUUUGACCAAACGAAGAAGUGGAAAUCCUGGCUAUAUCAAAGGAGCACCACUAAGAGCUUUAUAUAAUGGGAUCCAGCAACAUGUAACCAUUUUACAGAACCAAGCUAAUGGCCACUGCUCAGCAGCUGAGAGAUUUACAGUACAAUUUGGGGAGAACGUGAGAACGGGCUGCCAGUUCAGUAUACCCUUCAAACCUGAGGAAAGAAGUUGUAAUAACUUGCAGGAGCCAUUUUACCAAGCCUUCGAAGGAGGACUCAGCACAGGGCAUUUGGCCAUAAUUGGCAAUGCUGAUCCAAGCCAUCCAGAGCAAUGGACCAGAGUUUUUACCCAGAGGUGUAAGUUGCAGGAUGGGCAUUGUAUGAUUCCUGUUUCCCUGGAGAUUCAGGUGAUAUGGGCUAAUGUAGGCCUCUUAUCUAAUCCACAAGCUCAAGUGUUGGGUGCACGGUAUUAUUACCUCUGCAGACCUCUGAAGUCUCUGGCUAUAUAUAUGAACAUGUUGCCUUUAACAAGUACAGUUACCUUCACAGAUGUUACCAAAUGGCCAGAGUCACCACAUGGUCAACCUGACGUUUAUAGGAAACUUCCAUUUGAUUUCUUCUUCCCUUUUAAAAUGGCAUUGAAUGAAGCUGGGAAUGAUUCAUGUAACAUAUUGGGCACUUUGCUGAUGUCAUUAAUGUUUUAUGGAAUAUUUGUGAGCUAAUACAGAAAAGAAUAGCAUUUCAUGUAACAUGGAAUAAAAAAUGGUUGCAUGAUGA